GGUCGGACCAUUUUCGAUGUGGCUCCAGAGCGAUGGCAACAUGGCGGCCGCUCUGCUGCAGAUGUCAUGUUUGUAUCGCGGGAUGUUAGCGGUCAGAGCGGCCGGGAUUCGACCGCUCAUUCCCGGCCUGGUCCCGUCACACUUCCGGGCCUUCUCUGUCCGAAAGGAGCCGGAGCUGGAGGAGAAUCCGUAUUACAGCAAAUAUCAGGAGAAGAUCCAGAAGCUGCGGAGCUCCAAACCUCAGGAGUUUAAAGCACGGGUGGACAAGCGUCAUGAGGCGAAGAAGGAAGUCCUGGGCUCCUCCGGACAGGCCGAGUUCAUCAGGCUGGUGGAGGAGGAGCUGGAGAAGAGAGACAAGAUGGCGGCCAGCGGGGUAGAAAGUGGCUUCACCAAAAACAAGACGCUGGGUUCCAUCCUCAACAUGGAGAUGAUCCAGGACAAGAGUGGAGAUGAGAUCGCUGAGCUGUGGAUGAAAUAUUACUCCACCAAAGACACCGUCAGCGCCGUCAUCCCGGCGCAGACGUAUGACAUCAUCUCUGGCCGCGCGGCGUCCUGCCCCAUGUUCCUGUUCGCGGUGCCUCAGAAGGAGGGCUACGAGUUCUACGUGGGUCAGUGGUCCGGGCACGAGCUCCACUUCACCUCCCUCAUCAACAUCCAGACCCGGGGUGAGAACGCCCCGAGUCAGCUCAUCCUCUACCACUACCCCGAGCUCAAGGACUCCAAGAACGUGGUCCUCAUGACGGCCGAGCUGGACCCCAAGUUUGUCACCGUCCACCAGGCGCAGUGUUUGGCCAACCAGGUGCAGCUGUUCUACGGGACGCAGCGGCAGGAGACGUUCCGGCUGGUGGAGACGUUCAACCACAGUCCGGCUGACUUCAAGCAUAUGUCGGUGAUCGCCGAGCUGGAGCAAAGCGGUCUGGGGGGCGCUGCCCCGUAGACCUGGACCAGGAGCGCUUUUAUUGUUUUGUUGAAGUGUGAAGGGACACUUGUUAGCAGGGAAAUACAUUUCAUGCUAUUGAAUUUGUAACCCGAAUGAUGGAGACGUUUGUGCGGUGAGGUAAAGACCAGGGUCUCUGGACUAUCGAUCUGUCGUCAUCUGGCCGGAACUCUUUGGGGGCUUUUUUCUGGCGGACUUUGGCCCGGCAGAACAGGACGUCCUGGAUCUAUGUGGUCCUGUAGAUGACCAUGGAAUUAAAAGGCUGUGGAACAGUUUCUGUUUACUGUC